ACUCGUCUCCGCGCGUUCAGGUCUGCGUUCAAAAAAAUCCAUAUGAAGAGAACACAAAUGACAAGAUGAUUCGCCGGAAAGUGCGGUUUCUUGUUUUUCUUGCUGUAGUAUGGUUUGGUGGCUUCGCUUUGUAUAUUUUUAAUACCGUGAGUAAAGACUCUCCCGAGAGCCAUGAAGAAAGAAGGCUAAAAUUUCUUGCUUUACAAGCUGGUGGAAACUCACGUGAAGAUAAACAUAUACCGGAUUCUUUGAAUGUUGACAAAAAUUCUCAGACUUUAUAUUGGGAUAUAAGACCUGAUAAAAGAUAUAAAAACUUUGAUGAUAAAGCAUAUAUUUCCAAAACUGUUGUCCAGACUGGACAAGAUGCCUAUGCAAGAAAUAAAUUCAACCAGGUGGAAAGUGAUAAACUUUCUUAUGAUCGGGAUAUCCCCGACACAAGAAAUCCAUUAUGUAAGAAGCUUGAUUGGAAAACAGCACUUCCACAAACUAGUGUGAUUAUUACAUUUCACAAUGAAGCCAGAUCAACACUUUUACGUACAGUAGUAAGUGUUCUUAACAGAAGUCCAACAAGUAUUAUUAAAGAAAUUAUUUUAGUAGAUGAUUAUAGUGACAAUGCUGAAGAUGGCAAAGAAUUGGAGAAAAUACCGAAAGUAAAAGUUUUAAGAAAUGAAAAAAGAGAAGGUCUUAUGAGGUCUCGUGUGCGAGGUGCCGAUUAUGCUACAGGCACUAUCUUGACGUUUUUAGACAGUCAUUGUGAAUGUAAUCAAAAUUGGAUUGAACCCCUUAUUACGAAAAUACAAGAGAAUAACAAAGCAGUGGUGAGUCCUAUUAUUGAUGUCAUCAAUAUGGAUAAUUUCCAAUAUGUUGCUGCUUCAGCUGACUUAAAAGGUGGAUUUGACUGGAAUCUAGUAUUUAAAUGGGAUUAUAUGACUCCAGCUGAGAGAAAUAAGAGGAAAUCAGAUCCAAUAGCAGCUAUCAGAACGCCUAUGAUUGCUGGUGGGUUGUUUGCUAUUUCCAAGUCUUGGUUUGAAGAGUUGGGGAAAUAUGAUAUGAUGAUGGAUGUAUGGGGAGGCGAAAAUCUUGAAAUUUCAUUUCGUGUGUGGCAGUGUGGAGGAACAUUGGAAAUCAUUCCAUGUAGUCGUGUUGGUCAUGUCUUCCGUAAACAACAUCCUUAUACAUUUCCUGGUGGUAGUGGAAAUGUAUUUGCCAAGAAUACUCGUCGUGCUGCUGAAGUCUGGAUGGAUGAAUACAAGAAAUAUUAUUACUCUGCUGUGCCUUCAUCUAAGAAUAUUGCCUUUGGAAAUAUACAAAGUAGAUUGGAUUUAAGAAAAAAACUACAGUGUAAAUCAUUUGGGUGGUACUUGGAAAACGUAUAUCCUGAACUCAGAAUACCAGAUAAAAAAGACAUUGCCUUUGGUGCAUUACAACAAGGACAUUUGUGUAUGGAUACAUUGGGUCAUUUUACUGAUGGUACUUUAGGUUUAUAUGAAUGCCACAAUACAGGAGGCAACCAGGAAUUUGCACUGACCAAAGAUAAAGCAAUUCGUCAUCAAGAUUUAUGUUUAACUGUAAUGGAUCAUAGACCAUCAGGAGUCAUUAAACUCCAUGGCUGCAGUGAAAGUAAUCUAAAUCAGAAAUGGGAGCAGAUAGAAAACAAUAGACAGCUGAAGUUUCGUGGCACAGAUCUGUGUAUAGACAGUAAAUCCGUAGCCACUGUUGGAUUGGUUGUCGAGAGAUGUGAAAAGAAUGCAAUAACUCAACACUGGAGAUUUUCAAUGGAUAAUUUACAUCGAAGUCUUUAAUAUGUACUGUGCAGUAUUUCAGCCCACCUUUUUGUUUUAACAUGUAUAUCACAGAAACCAA